CAUAGCUAAGCUCGUGUUUUCGCGCCACCAAUCCACAUCCAGCUCGGCCUCGGCGAUCACAACGACCUACUCCGUAGUAUAUACACAAUACAAUCUGUCGAGAUCAGAGCUAGCCAGGUCAACCGUGCCAGAAGCGAACGCCAGUCGGUCCGGCCAACAAACAACACGCCUCGCUUCCUCCUCCUCGCCAGGCCCCGAUCCAUCCGAUUCCGAGCUCACAACACAUCAAACCAUCAACCAUAAUAUAUCUCCACAGCUUGUAGCUCGUCGUCAAGUGCACCGGUGACACAGUGAUCUCGAGCUCGCAACGAACGUCAAGGUCGGAGCUAGCCAGCUCUUCUUUUCAUAGCUAGGAUGGCCGCCAUAGGCGCCUUCUUCUCGGGGCAGGUCAACCGCGUCAAGGACGUGGCGAGCCAGCAGCAGGCGCUGAGCAGGCGCCAGUCGGCCUCGGGCCAGGACUUCCCGGGGUCGGGGCACCGCCCGGCGGACCGCAGGACGUGGAUGGCGGAGCUGGGGCCGGAGCGGCUGCGCGUGCACCAGGUGGUGUGGCCGGGCACCCACAACUCCGCCACCGCCGAGAUCGGCGUGCCCUUCGUCACCCGCCCCUUCGCGCAGUGCCAGUCGCUCUCCGUCUACGACCAGCUCGCCACGGGCUGCCGCCUCCUCGACGUCCGCGUUCAGAAGGACCGCCGCGUCUGCCACGGCCCGCUCGUGGCGAGCUACACCGUCGACGUCGUCAUCGACGACGUGCGGCGCUUCCUGUCCGAGACCGCGGCCGAGGUGCUCGUCCUCGAGGUGCGCACCGAGUUCGGCCACGAGGACCCGCCGGAGUUCGCCAAGUACCUCGUGGAGCGGCUGGGCGAGCACCUGAUCCCGCAGGACGACGCCGUGUUCCGCAAGACCAUAGCCGAGCUGCUGCCGCGGCGGGUGAUCUGCGUGUGGAAGCCGCGCAACUCGCCGGCGCCGGCGCGCGGCGGGCCGCUGUGGAGCGCCGGGUACCUGAGGGACAACUGGAUCAACACGGACCUGCCGGAGAAGAAGUUCGACGGCAACCUCGCGUCCCUCGCGCAGCAGCCCGACCCGGCGGCCGCCUGGAGGCACCUGUACCGGGUGGAGAACACGCUGACGCCGCAGACCGACAACCCGGUGCUGCUCGUCGAGCCGGUCACGCGGCGCAUCCACCGCUUCGCGCGCUUCUUCAUCGCCCAGGCCUUCGCCAGGGGCCUCGGCGGCAAGCUGCAGGUCCUGUCCACCGACUUCAUCGACGGCGACUUCGUCGACGCCUGCGCCGGCGUCACCAAGGCCCGGGUCGACGGCGCCGCGUGAAGCCGACGGCGUGUCGUGUCGUGCUUCAUGGGGUUGCGAGGGUCGGCCCCGCACGAUUAGAAGAUUCAUUUGUUGCUGGGUCCGUCGUGGUGUGCUGAGUAUGGUAAAUUUCAUACUGUAUGUGUUUGUAAAUUUGUGUUUUAUUUAAAACGCCCCCCAUAGUAGUAGGGCAUCAUGGUGGAACGAGCAGUGCAAACACAAAGUGUCCAAGUGGAAAUAAGGAAAUGAAGGGAGUGCUUAACUUUA